GCCUAUAGAUUUUUAUUUUUGCGGAAGAAUAGAGAAGAUGAAGACUGGAGCGGCGAUCCUGCAGAUUCAUCAAUUUAUUUGAUGCAGGACACUCAACAUAUGACUUUACCAAGACCUUUCAGGAAUCAGGAAAGCUUCAGAGAAAGUUCUAGAGAAAAUAUCAGCAGGGAAAAAUCUCCAGAAAUAGAUCAACGCUACUCGAGGUAUACCCAUGACGAGCUCAAAUUCUCCAAAUCUUUAGACGAAGACUACAGAAAAUCGAAUAAUAAAAUAAAAUAUUUAGAGAAACCAAUUUCAAAGUUUAGUGAUAACAAGUAUUUACUUAAACAGAAAUCUUCAGUUAGGGAACGUGAAGUCAAAGACGAUUAUAGAGAAAAUGAACGGGAAAUUGCCAAAGAAAAUUUCCGGAAAUCGUUAGAAAAGGAACUGUUAAAUAGGAAUGGAAAUAAGUACUUGGAAAAGUCAAUUAUUUCUUCAGAGAGAUAUUUUGGAGAAGAGGAGAAGAAAGAUACGUACUAUUACAAUGAGAGAGAAAGAAACGGGAGAUAUAGUGAAGAUAGGAAGAAGAGUGAGAAAGAGAAAUAUUUCGAAGAUGAUGGGUUUGAUGAAAAUAUUAGAUCUAGAAAUAACUCGUCUGAUUUUGACAAAGAACGUCCAACUCGUACCUUCUCCUACGAGGAAGAGGUAUUUUUCGAGGACCAAAAGCCAUACAAGGAAUACCCAGUGCCGAAAACCAGGCAAAGUUCCUCGAUAAGGAAGAUUCCGGGAAAUCUUAUAGAGAUAACAAAGAAAGCAGAGAAAUUCGAGCUAAAGUAAAUUCAAACGAUUCGAGAUAUUACGAAUCAAAAUCCCUUCAACGUAACAGAGACUACGAACGAGACUAUAACAACGACAGCAAACAAGGAUAUCGCUACGAA